CGGCGGUGGAGUCAGUCAUCCCCAUCUCUCCGGGCUCCGGUGCUAUCUGAUGACCGCUGCUAUUCCCUCCUGAUUCCUGCCGCGCUGAGCUGCUUUGGUGGUGUUACCCACGCCGGCUCAUCAAUGGGUUCUAAAGAUUUCAAGCGGUUCAUGAACCAUCGCGCCCCAGCAAACAGCCGCUAUAAACCAACGUGCUAUGAACAUGCCGCCAACUGCUACACACAUGCAUUCCUGAUUUUCCCAGCUAUUGUGGGUAGUGCGUUGCUACAUCGGUUAUCAGAUGAUCGAUGGGAAAGGAUAACGGCAUGGAUAUAUGGCAUUGGUCUCUGCACCCUCUUUAUAGUGUCUACUGUAUUCCACAUAGUAACAUGGAAGAAGAGUCAUUUAAGGACAAUAGAACACUGUUUCCACAUGUGUGACCGCAUGGUGAUCUACUUUUUCAUUGCCGCAUCCUAUACACCAUGGUUAAACCUAAGAGAGCUUGGCCCUAUGGCUUCUCAUAUGCGAUGGUUUAUAUGGUUAAUGGCAGUAGGAGGAACUAUUUAUGUAUUUCUUUAUCAUGAAAGGUAUAAGAUUGUUGAACUGCUCUUCUAUUUAGCAAUGGGAUUUUCUCCUGCUUUAGUAGUGACAUCAAUGAAUAAUACGGAUGGUUUACAAGAACUCGCAUGGGGUGGAUUGAUAUACUGUAUGGGGGUGGUGUUCUUCAAGAGCGAUGGUAUCAUUCCAUUUGCCCAUGCCAUCUGGCAUCUAUUUGUAGCCAUAGCGGCUGCCGUGCAUUACUACGCCAUAUGGAAAUACCUGUACAAAAGUACCGCCACCGACAUCAUACGACACUUGUGAAACCUUCUUGAUUAUCAGUAUUACUUGACUUGAAAGUAGUGUAUGUUUGAGGGAAGUAUUGUAUGAUACACAAAAAACAAAUGCACUGACUUAUCUGGUUCUCUACAAACUACUGUGAACAAAGUGUGUAUCCAGGUAUUUUCUUUUAUACAUCUGCUACGACAAGGCCCAUUCCACAGCCAGUUUGCUGCUGGCGUUUCUAUUAACAGGUAUGUUGAGGUUUUUAAAAUCGCCUUCACAUGCCAGGUCUAACACACGAUUAAGCUAGAGUUGGAAACUGGCUUACCUAAUGUUUACAAAGCAGAGAUUUUUUUGUAAAUCUAUAGUUUGACUGUACAAUUUUUAAAACAGAUUUAUUUCUUUACAAAAUGAUGCAUUUAACAUUUAACAGGCAAUGUUUAAAAAAAAAAAAAAAUGAAAAUGAGGUUUUUUCUUCCUCAAUUUUUGCAAGCACUUAAAAUAUACAUUCCAAAAAGUAACUAUGCUGGUAAGGUAUCAACUCAUUUUCAUGUUGAGUAGGAAAAAAAAAAAUAUUGUCUUUCAGAUUAAAUUAUAAUGCGCUCAUUAGUGUCUUGUUUCUAUUUUUGAAUCCAGAUGAACAAAUUUGUGAAAGAUAAAAGCGCUAUUCAGAGGCCCUAAAGGUUUAAGGAUUGGAGUGUUUAACUGUUUACAACCGUAAAAGACAAGUAUUUCUGAUUGUUGCCAUUAUUAUCUUACUGGGGUUUUUUUCUGGUACCAGUAUUAUUUUAGAAUCAUCUAAAAGUUGCUUAAUCAAAUGAAGAUUAUGUAAAUGUAUAUAUAUUAAAAAAAAGGUGUGAUGCAGUUGUGUUUGAGUAUUAAACUACCAAGGUUGUUCUGUAUAUAGGCAAGGGUGCUUAAAGGGACAUGAAUAUAGGAUUUUUUAUAGUUUUGAAGUUUACUUCUAUUAAGAAUUUUGCUUCAUUCUCUUGGUAUCAUUUGAUGAAGGAGCAGCAAUGCUCUUCUGCUUUCUAACUGAACCACAUGGAUGAGCCAAUGACAAAAGGCAUAUAUAUGCAUCCACCAAUCAGCAGCUAGCACCCAGGUUCUUUGCUGCUCCUGAGCUUACCUAGAUAAACCCUUCAACAGGAUAAGAAGAAAAGGAAAGCAAAUUAAAUAAUAGAAGUAAAUUGGAAACGUUGUUUAAAAUGGUAUGUUCUGUCUGAAUCAUGAAUGUCUAAUUAUUACUUUACUGUCCCUUUAAAUCUGUAUCCUUAAAGGGAUAUAAAAGUGUAAACAUAAAAUAAUCUGUUUCAUCAGAGCAUUUUAUUUUUUGAUCAAGCUCCAUUUUUUCCACUUUUUAACUCCAAAAAGUGGUUAAAGGAACAGUAGUCACUUAACCCCCCCCCCCCCUCCCUUUUAUGCAUCUAAAAAAGCCAAUAUAUAAAAGUUUGGCUGUUUGUUUGUUUUUUAUUUAAAAUAUAAACUUUUUCCUGGAUGACUUAGUUAUUUCAAUAUCGGUUUCAACAAGUUUAACAUAACUUUUUUUAAUGUUAACAUGCAUAAUAGAAAUUUGUAGAAUUUAAUGCCACUUGAAACACAUAGGUCGCUCAACCGACUUGCUCCGAAGGUUCUUCCUAAGCAAGACACAGACAGUGAUUGGUAGACACAUACAUAUGAUUCUCUUCAUUGUCUCACCAGCCAUGUCCCUUUUUUAGAAGCCGUAAUGCAUUGUGUCUGACUGCACAACUAUACAACAUUAGACGCACUAAAACAAAAUAAUUAUUUCAAUAUUUAAAAUGCUUAAAGGAAAUAAAGCAUUUUAUUGUUACACUUUUACAUCCUUUUUAAAUGUAAAGAGAGAAUGAGCGCAGAAUCAUGACUCUCAAACAUACCGUCACUUUCCAUAAGAAACAUUUCACGUGUCGUAAAUCCGUAAUUUAGCACGCAGCUAAGAAUCAUGAUCAUAUUUCCAUUUUUUGCUUUAUACAAGUGUCUUAUAUUAAGAUACCUGUGUGAACUGUUUUCAUGUUUGUACUGAGACAUAUGUUGCCUUUAAUCAAGUUAUUCCCCUUGUUGUAGCUUAUUUAUCUGCAGUUUUCUACCCCCAUUUGUUCUGUUAAAUUUCACUCACUAUUUGUUUGCAAUUCUUAACAAAGUAUUCAUUAAACUCCUACAAUGUUUGCUUGAGGUCUAAA